UUGUUGGCAACAGAUCUGUUGUAUUUAGCGUUUCAUUUGGUAUCGUUGGCUAACAUUAGCUAGGUAGCAUGUAACUAACUACCGAGGUAGUUUGAGGAUUGAAAUUGUAGCUGACUAAAUUGGCAUCAUCAUUUUUCACUAUUUAUAACGGCAUCGCAAACAAGGCAAAAUAAAUAGAUUUUCAACGAUAACGGCCAGGAGCACAUGGGACUUCAUUUAAAGAACUGCGAGUUUUGAGUCUUCAUGCAAGUAGCUAGCUAGCUAAAAUCUUGCAGAGCUAGCUUGCUGACUACUUUCAAAAGAAGUUAGCUAGGUGUCUGGUCUGCGUUUUGUAAGUAGCUUUAUAUAAAAUUAUCUGACGAGUUCGUUGGGUAAAGUAAAUGCACAUGAAAUAAAUUGCUUAGUAUACUAGUGAUCUAGCCAAUAUUGUGCAUUUGGUUAGCUUGGUAUAUCUCACGUUAGCCGAUUCCAUACGGAGCGAGCAGCUUGACUUCCUAGCUAGUUAGCUUUAAUGUGAAGCUAAUGCGAUAUUACACCUAACAAACAACUUUUUGUGUUUCCUGACUUUGGUUAGUUGAAUGGUAGUGCAGCAGACGCUCAGUCACUUCGAGUUAGGACAAGCCUUCUUGGAUCAUAGAUGCUUGCUCUAUUAGUGUGAUAAACUGGACCCACUGCAAUCUUGCUCGCUGCUCACCAGUGACAGACUUGUGAUUACCUUUCUAGCAAGAUAGCUUACGCUACACUUGCUGCAUCAUACUGCUGAUGUCAUACUAGUGUGGUACUGGCAACGCAGAAAAGAAAAGAGUGUGUCUAAGGGCCAGUAUGUCGUCUUUUUCUGAAUCUGCGCUGGAGAAGAAAUUGGCAGAACUUAGCAACUCUCAGCAGAGUGUGCAGACUUUGUCACUAUGGAUUAUUCAUCACCGCAAGCAUUCAUCGCUCAUUGUGCGUGUUUGGCAUAGAGAACUGAAGAAAGCAAAAAGCAGCAGGAAGUUGACAUUCCUGUAUCUUGCCAAUGACGUGAUUCAAAACAGCAAGAAGAAGGGGCCCGAGUUCACCCGGGAUUUUGAGGCUGUCCUUGUUGACGCUUGCUCCCAUGUGGCAAGAGAGGUGGAUGAUGGGUCAAAGAAACACAUGGAGAGGCUACUCAACAUCUGGCAUGAGCGAAACCUGUACCGGCCUGACUUCAUCCAGCAGCUCAAACUUGCCAUUGAGGAUUCCAACAGUCCCAGACACAAACGCUCAGAGGAGAGGAAAGGCAUCAAGCGUUCAUACCAGAAGGUCCAGGAGGAAGAGGAAGAAGAGGAGGAUGAUGAUGACUACAGGGGGCACUUUUCCCCACGGGAAACUGACUCCACGGGUCCACAGCUGACAGAGGAGCUGGUCAAAGCUCUCCAGGACCUGGAGAACGCGGCCUCAGGAGACGCUGCGGUCCGUCAGAAGAUUGCCUCACUGCCACAGGAAGUGCAGGACGUGUCCCUGCUGGAGAAAAUCACAGACAAGGAGGCUGCAGACAAGCUCUCGAAGACGGUGGACGAGGCCUGCCUGCUGCUGGCCGAGUAUAAUGGCCGCCUGGCCGCUGAGCUGGAGGACAGGAGGCACCUCGCCCGCAUGCUGACAGAGUACAUCCACAGCCAGAAGGAGGCGCUUUCAGAGAGGGAGAAGAAACUGGAGGAGUACAAGCAGAAGCUGGCCCGGGUGACACAGGUCCGCAAGGAGCUCAAGUCCCACAUCCAGAGCCUGCCGGACCUGUCCCUGCUGCCCAACGUCACGGGGGGUUUGGCCCCCCUCCCCUCUGCUGGGGACCUCUUCUCCACUGACUGAGACCUCUGUGGCUGCGCAAGCCACCCCCCCCCCCCCCUCCC